AUGCUCCCAGGGGCGCACGUUUUCUCGCAUCAGCAGCAAUACACUCCUCACGGUGAGCCAGGAUGGAUGCACCACCAGCAGCAGCAGAGCCAUAACCAGCAUGCCCAGCACGCCGCCGCGGCCGCAGCUUCUGCCGCUCAGCAGCAGCACUACAAUCGGAUUGCCGCGAACCAGAACGGUGUCGGCCCGGCCAUCCAGAAUCACCAUGGGCAGGAUACAAGCAUGAUGGAUAACGUCACGGAGGAGAACCGGCGGACGCUGAACUACAUUGCGGAUCUGCUGAAUGAGGAUACACGGGAGGCGGCUCUGCUCGAGCUCAGCAAGAAGCGGGAACAAGUGCCAGAGCUGGCUUUGAUUCUAUGGCAUUCAUUUGGUGUCAUGACAUCCCUUCUUCAGGAGAUCAUCUCCGUCUACACCCUCCUCAACCCGUCACAACUCACGGCAGCAGCUUCCAACCGCGUCUGCAAUGCGCUGGCACUCCUUCAAUGCGUAGCAUCCCACAAUGAGACUCGAGCACUCUUCCUUAAUGCGCAUAUCCCGCUAUUCCUCUACCCGUUCCUCAACACCACCUCGAAGUCGAGACCCUUCGAAUACCUGCGCCUCACAUCCCUGGGGGUAAUAGGUGCCCUGGUCAAGAACGACUCGUCGGACGUCAUCAACUUCCUGUUGACCACGGAGAUCAUCCCACUAUGCCUUCGAAUUAUGGAGACGGGAUCGGAGCUCAGCAAGACCGUAGCAAUCUUCAUCGUGCAGAAGAUACUCCUCGACGACCACGGACUGAACUACAUCUGUGCCACGUAUGAGCGAUUCUACGCUGUGGGUACGGUCCUGAGCAAUAUGGUCUCGCAGUUGGUGGAACAGCAGACGGCUAGACUUCUCAAGCACGUCGUGCGCUGCUUUCUCCGUCUCAGCGACAAUGCACGCGCCCGAGAAGCUUUACGGCAAUGCCUCCCCGAGCCCCUCCGCGAUGCAACUUUCUCCUCCGUCCUCCGCGACGAUGCCGCCACUAAACGCUGCCUCGCCCAGCUGCUCAUCAAUCUAUCCGACAACGUCGUUGAACAAAACCAAGUCAACCACCCUGGAAUAUGA